AUGCAAACAACUAUUUCCAUUUUGAACAUCAAAUAUUUGACGAGAUAUUGUUUAUCAAAUCGGUUAUUAUUAGAGCUUCCCCCUGAAAAGCCUUCGAUAAAAGCAGAAAAAGGCUGGUACGCAUCUGGUGACUCUUUACGCGCACAGUGUAUCUCACCACCGGCCGAUCCACCUGCAAAUCUUACCUGGCUUCUCAAUGGAAGAGAUGUAAGUUAA